GCAGACUUCCCUUGUCCUGCUGCACCUCAUUAGGUCUCACCUCUUUCACCAUGGCUCUCUGGAUCCGAUCACUGCCUCUCCUGGCCCUCCUUGCUCUUUCUGGCCCACCUAUCAGCCAUGCUGCUGCCAACCAGCACCUUUGUGGCUCACACCUAGUGGAGGCCCUCUACCUGGUGUGUGGAGAAAGGGGCUUCUUCUACUCUCCGAAAGCCCGACGGGACCUUGAGCAGCCCCUAGUGAAUGGUCAUCUGCAGAAUGAGGUGGAACUGCCAUUCCAGCAACAGGAAUUCCAGCAAGCAAAGAGGGGAAUUGUUGAGCAAUGCUGCCACAACACCUGCUCCCUGUACCAGUUGGAAAACUACUGCAAUUAGAAGAGACACAGAUUGGGGGAAAGGGUGUGUCUGUGAGAGAAAAAGGCACUUUUGGUAUUGCACCUUCAAAGCAAUUGAAUAAAAAU